CUAGUCGAAAUCGAAUGUGUAACCUGGUCGAAAUCGAAAGUAGGAACAGUCAUUUGGAAUUUUAACGAUUUCUUGGAUUUGUUCAACGCAAAGAUUCUUCUGAAACAGAUACGAAAGGUAGUGUGGACAUAGCAGCCUCCCUGGAUUACAUACCAUGAUGGCUCCCCCUGCAAGUUACCUAGAGCUGGGAGUAAAAUAUAUCUGCCCUUCAUGGCAGUUCCUGCGCUAUGAUUACUUUGAAAGACGUCUUCAAGACUUCCUCCCGAGAUUCCUCAGGAUUAUAGAAAAUGGUGGUCUGACAGAAUCCUUUCCUAAUGGGCCAGUGAUGAAGAAAGAUAUAGACCGGCAUAGUCAAGAAUUCAGCGACACUGUGUCAGUGUAUGUGCUUGGUCAUGUCAACUCCCUGAGCCUUCCUGACAGUCUGUUAGUAUCCAACACAAAGGAACCCUCAGUCCCCUCCAUGAAAGUGGACAUCUCUGAGCCCAUGGAGACAGAUGAACCCAUCUCCAUAAUAUCUAAUAACAGAAGGGUGGAUUCAUUGCCUAAGCUGUCGCAGGAGACGUCGUCAUCUUGGUCAGAUUUCAAGGCAGCUAUAUCCGGUGCCUCAUCGUAUAAAACAUGCUUUGCAGUGUUUGUGAUCUCAAAUAAACAGGAAGAAGAAGAGGCCAUAUCUUUAUAUACACAACUGCCACGCAAUCAGAGAAGCAAUGUCCUCAUCUUUAGCACAGAAGACCAAAAGUGUUAUGAAUUCCACAAUAGAACUGAUAGCCUGCAGCCAACAGACUUGGCAUUGGCAGAAUCAAUUCAGAGAAUGUUGGAGGUGAAGAUCGUUGCCCUGUUUGAUGACAUUGCUCAGUUUUUAAGAAAGUUUCGACUCAAAGAUGUGUGUCGUCCAGAUGACCGCCUCUACUACGCUGUAGAUUUAGGUCUUCGUAACAGCCUGAUGGAUGAGUACACGCUUCUGGACAUCAUACCAGUUAAAGAGGAAUCAACUGAAGUAGAAAUAAAGUCAAAGCAAAAUGAACUCGACCACAAUCUCACAGAGUUUGUAAAAAGGAAAACCAAGUGUAUAUUAGUGCUGCAUUUUGCCACAGAGCAUGGUAUGCCUCAGGAUUUUGUCCUGGAGUUUUUAAGUGAAGGAUAUUUUGAGCUGGAUAAAGAAAUAUCUGAGAUAUUAGAUGACGUCAGUAAGCCAAGGUUAGAGGAGGUUAAGGAGAGAGGAUCAAAUAGGUGGAAGUUUAGAGAAUUUGUACAAUCGUUCGCAUGGAAGGCCUCCAAGGUCCUUGAUAAAGCUCAGGAAUAUAUACAGAAAAAAGUCGAGUAUUUCCAAAAAGUGGGCAAGCUCGAGUUUGAGAUGUAUGGUAUCCUGCAGUUGUCCAGUGUCCCCAUAGAAACUAAGAUACCAGUCCUGCCUACCAUCAGCCUGGAGUGCCAGUGCAAGAUACUCGAAAUUCCAGAAGUUUCUGCAUGUGGCCAUCUUUAUGGAAAGUUCACACUCUUUCUGGACAAACCCUUGUCAAACAAAGGCCAACAGGACAUUCAGAGUAUCCUAAAAGAAUACCAGUAUCUUCAUGACUAUAACACAGUGGAAUGCUUCCCAGUCAGGCAAGUUAAGUGUAUUGUAUCAAGUGGACAUUUGUUGUGGAGUGACAAAAGCAACGGGAAUGCAGGUGGUGUUACCUUUACCUUGGGAUGUUUUGUCCGAAUACAAGAAUUAAAUCUACCACAACCAGAGAUGUAUGCCAUAUCUUGUGAACAUUGUGUGGAAGGCUGCUCUAAAACCGUGUUUAUUGUUAAAAACGAAAACAAAUCUGAAUUUGGAUGUGCAAAACAUGAAAUGGGUGGGUCACAAUUUCACGAUAUUGUUGCUAUCAAGGUUACAGGUCAAGUUCAUUGUGACUCCCGAAUAAGCAUGAAUUUGGAAUCGGGUACAAUAAAAGACGUUCCUUGGAAUAUUUAUAAAAAUGGCAUCAAUCUUGGCCAAAGCGUGUCCAAGAACGGAAGUAGGACUGGUGUUACCACUGGAGUGGUGAUCAGCAAAGACACGCUGAGUAAGGAUGCUGCUGGGAGACUCUAUCAGCCUGAAAGUGCUACACAGUCAAAUAUGAGCACACCAUUCCAGAUUCUUGUAGAGCCGAAUGUUGAUGACAAUCAAUCUGAAAAGCUCUUUUCAGAGAAGGGCGACAGUGGAUCUGUCAUAUACAUGGAAGAUCCAAACACAAAUACCGUUCAAGUGGUGGCAUUAUUAACAGGGGCCUUGACUCAUGGAACAGAGCAGAACCCAGGAAAAUACAUCUGCACAUAUGGCAGCCAUUUUAAUACUCUCAUAAAAGAAUUUGAGCGUACAUGUCAGAUAAAAGUUGAACCAGCAUGUGAUCCAUGAAUUGCACACUCUCUGGAUACUGGCAUAUUGAGACAAGAGGAAAAUGGUACCCUGCUUGCAGAUUUUUAUGUCAAAACAGUGUUGCCUUUUGAAUUGUGCACACAGCUAAAAUGUUGCUUAUGUAGAAAUUAUUUCUUAAAGCGGGUAUAUACGAUUUUGUCAAAUAUUUAUGAAUUUAUAUAAAAUGUGUAAAAAACUUAUAUAUAUAUAUUUCAAUAUAAAUUAAAAUAAAAGUUAAGAAGAACAUGUGUUGAAAAAUGCGAAAUAAGCCAGAUAUUUAAUUCUGAAAUUGAAAACGGCUGUACAGCCGAAUUCGCCAGCAUGUAUACCAUACAUGUACGAUGUAAAUCUAAACUUAGUGUAACGGUUUAUUUGAAUUCCUGCAAUGAUAUCUAUUCAUACGACACACGAACACUAACUCCGAUCCUAAUGCAAAGACGAAUGCUUCGGUUAUUGUAGGAAAAUAUGUACGUCACAAUCGACAUUGGGCGCUAAUUUGUCUUCGCUGCAUUUUAUGAAAUUCGGCUUUAAUGUAUAAUUUUUCUUGCCCAUUUUAUGUUAUUGUAACAUAUUUUAUCAAUAUAUUACAAUUAACCACAUAUAAAAAAUCGUAUAUACCCGCUUUAAUUUCAACAUGUACAAAUAUCAGUAAAUCAUAAAACAUUAUUCAAUCUCUUAAUAUUAUUACAUAUUAAUGUUUCAUUUUUAUUCAACAAAUCAUUUGAAAAUAUAUGUUAAAGUAUACUAAAUGAAUCAGUUAAAAAUGAAUGUCAAAUUUGGUUUAAACAUGUUUAUUUCGGAAUGCAUAAACAUGAAUAAUAUACACAGUAAUAUGUGGAUUGACAUGGAAGCUAAACUAAGCUUAUUGUAAGUUAAGUUUAAACACUGUAAAAUUUGUUCUGAUUAAAUGAUUUGCUACUAUUUGUUUUAAUUCACAUUUUGCACUUUUUUACUGAACAUCAUGUAUGUAGGUUUAUUAAUGUUUCGUCACAUAUUUUAUACAUUUUUAUAUGUUUUAAAAUUUGAAUCAUAUUUGUUUACUUCUUUUAAGUAUUUAGUUAGAAAACUGAAAUGAUUUGUUAUCAAUGUGCAAUCUGCAUGACAAUUUGUGCUUUGUGUGAAUUGAUAGUGUUCGUUCAUGUCUUGGCAAAGGAAGUUUAAUAAAAAAAUAUGUAACCAAAUACUUUUUCAAAAUCUGUGUUGAUAUAUGCAUAUUUAUAUGAGAUUAUGAAAACAGACACCUUUUGCACGAUUAAUAAUUUUUAAAGCGACUAUUUUACAGUUUUGGAUUGGAAAAGUAAUCUAUCUGUAAUGGAAUAUAGUAGAUUAUAUAUAAACAUUGUGCCUAAUAUACUUUCAAUAUUUUGGUAUUGAUAUUUGUUUCUUUUAAUAAAAAUACUAUGUUUGCUUCGCUUAUUAUCCUAAUUGUCUUUUGAUAUAAGAUCAAUUAUUUUUUUAAUAAAUCUGAGCCAAGUGCGAGUUUAACGUCCCCGUUCAUAGCUAUAUAUAUGGGCAGAAUCGUAAGAAAACAUGUUUUUUUUAUUGAGGAUUUCACUGAAAAUCUGGUUGAAAUCCUAAUUAAUAUUCAUGAUUUGACACGUAAAUUCAAACCUAGACAAACACAAUUGCGGAUGCGGGCGAGUUAAGCGAAGAGAAGGUAAGAACAAAUGCAAAUACAUCUGAUACAGACGGAAACUGAGUUGUAACGCUACGUUUUUGCUUAAUCUAUGUAUUUAUCUUCCAUAUGCUUAUAAUGUUUAGCGACAGCUUUAUAAAGAUAUAAUUCGCAUAACUCGCGACGCUGCAAUGUUUUUUAUCUAUUGCAUGUAUUUAUGAUCAUUUAUAUAUUAUUUUAUUGAUUCAAAACCAAUUUUGACCAGGUUUUCGAUGUCAACCUCGAUAAAAAAUAUAUUUAAAUGAAUUAAAGAAAAAAAAUCUCGCUAUAUAAAUUAUAUGCAAAACAACGAUAUAUUCCGCGAAUUGGGACUUUAAGGUGCCCCAUUAGUGAUUUUAAAUGACUGUUCAAAGGCAGUGAACCCAGUUUUUUCCAUGUGUUUUGUCGUGUGUUUAUCUUAUUUCUUAUUUGUUUGGUAAUUAGGCAACCGGCAUGAAAAAGGAAUGCUUUCUAAUGUUAAGACUUUAAAAUUCUUAUGAUGUUAUUGUAGUUGCGAGUUGUUUAUAUUGAAAAAAGUACAGUAAUAAUAAUGGUGGAUUGGAACCAAUAGCAAAUUGGUAUUUGACUUUAUGUUAUUGACGUAUAUGCAAGCUCAUCAGUUUAUUCAUCUGUGCACUCUAAUUGAAAAUGUGGAACUGGAUUAACUGCAAUAUAAUAUAAAUACAUGUAUUUUAUUAUAUUUUUAUUCCCACCUUUGAAGAAGAGGGGGUUAUUGUUUUGCUGGAUGUUUGUCUGUCGUCGAUCGUCUGUCUGUCGGUAGACCAGUUUGUUUCCGAUCCAUAACUUGUGAACGGAUUGACUAAUUGGCUUGAUACUGACUAUGUGGCACUGGCCCUUGUCUGUAGAUGACCUCUAAUGAAAUUGGGGUCACUAGGUCAAGGUCACUGUCACACAAAGAUUGAAAAUUGUUUCCGAUCAAUAACGUUAGAACGGAUUGACCAAUAGGCUUGAUACUUCCCAUGUUCAUUGGUGUUGGACAGUAGAUGGUCCCUAUUGAAAUUGGUGUCACUCGGUCAAAGGUAACUGUCACACUAAGUGUUAAAUAGUUUCCAAUCAAUAACUCGUCAACUGAUUCACGGAUUGGCUUGAUACUUCCAUUGGCCUUGCAUUGGCCUUGGAUAGUAGAUGACCCCUAUUGAAAUUGGGGUCACUUAAUCAAAGGUCAAGGUCGCUGUCAUAAAAAGUGUGAAAAAUGGUUUGCGAUCAAUAACUCGUCAACGUAUUGAUCGAUUGGCUUGAUACUUCACAUGUGCAUUGGCCUUGGACAGUAGAUGACCCCUAUUGAAAUUGGGGUCACUAGUUCAAAGCCCUGUUUGUAGGGUGGGGGACACAUGUCUCCUACCGCAAAGCUAUUGUUUGUUACGUUUUUUCAAGAAAUUGACAAAUCUAUUUAAGUAUUAUAAAAAGAUCAAUUUUAUAUUCAGGUAUUGAAAUUUAUUAUAAAACAUAAAUUAUGCAUUUUGACAAUUAUCAAAUAAAUGCUAGUGACGAUUUCAUUAUUGCUGGAACAGCAGGCAUGCAUUUUUAUACUAGGGAUGGCAAAAACUGUUGGUGUGUUUGAAUAUGUAAAUAAAAUAACUUAUUAAAGUAUUAUCAGACAUU